GGCAUUUUGAUCGAUCUUGAUAUAUGAAUCUAUUUCUAACUUGUUACUGGACUAUCACUGUUGCUGGAAGAAGUGGAAUUCUAACAUAUGGGAGUGGUGAUUUCUCUGCACAGUGUAACAGAAACAUUUAAGCCAUUUAGUCACCGGUGCCAAACCCCUUAUAGGGCCGCCAAUAGUACCUCUUCUUUUUGGUACUCAAUCAAGAGAGCUUCAGCAUAUAUCAUUGUUUUAUCUUCCUAUUCAGCUUAUGGUAAGAAGCAUUAUACACCCCAAUAUCUAUGGCUGCAAGCAGAGCUUCCGAAGGUCAAUAGGAGUGAGACACCGUGGUUGAUUGUUCUUAUGCAUGCGCCAUGGUAUAAUAGCAACAAUUAUCACUAUAUGGAAGGCGAAACCAUGAGAGUGCAGUUUGAGUCGUGGUUUGUACAGUACAAAGUUGAUGCUGUGUUUGCUGGUCAUGUUCAUUCGUAUGAACGAUCUGAACGAUACUCGAACAUUGCUUACAAUAUUACAAAUGGCCUUUGCACUCUUGUGAAAAACACAUCCGCUCCCGUAUACAUAACCAUCGAUGAUGGAGGAAAUAUUGAAGGGUUGCUGAACACAGAGGCACAGCCAAGUAACUCUGCAUUUCGCGAGGCCAGUUUUGGUCACGGUGUUUUUGAGAUUAAGAACCAGACUCACGCUUACUUUGGUUGGCACCGUAAUCAAGAUGGUUAUACCGUGGAAGCUGAUUCUCAAUGGUUUUUCAACUGGUACCGGUACCCGGUGCCCAAUCCUGAUGCCCUUAUCUUUCUUGCUCUCCCAAUACAGGUUUAAAAACAAAGGAAAAGGAAAACAGAAAGAACAGAAGGGGUUUCUCUGGUUUUGGUCUCUGGAACAAAACAAAGGUGAUUUUUUCGAUCUCCAAAGUUUUUUUUUUUUUCCGCCAAUCGGUAGGAGAGAUAA